GGGCCAAUCAGCGCUUCUCUUUAGUCACUCCCACGUUACUCAUGACCAAUCGGCGCCUUUGUUUUGGCUCGAGCAACCAGGCAAAACAAGUCGGAUAUUCCCCCAUGAGGGAGGAAGACCGACCAUGGGGCUUAUCAUAUCCAGAUUUAGGAAAAAGCCUUCAACUAAAGAGCUUUUGGAGCAAAUUCAGAAGAAUGUUGAGGAAAUUGAGGAGUACCGCAGCCACACUCAGCAGCGACAGAAGAGGCUGGUUGGCUAUCUGGUGCUCUAUUCCAUUGUUCUGUACCUUGUAGCAGCUCUCAUCUGCUAUUUUUACUAUUUCCCAGACAACCUUCAGCACCGGCUUCUUUAUGCCACGCCCUUCGUAGUUUUUCCCUUCUUAGUUUACAUACUUAAGCGAAUACUGACAUGGUAUUAUUCCCGGAAGAUUUCAAAAAACGAGGAAAAAUUAAAAUCUCUCUUAGAACGCAAGGAGAAGAUAUUGGAUGAUGUUAUGGAGACAGAAACUUAUAAAGUAGCCAAGGAAAUUUUGGAGAAGUUUGCUCCUGACCAGCUGCGCAGAAACCAGAUGCACAAAACAGCAGCUGUCAGCGUGGCAUCUCCAGUUACUAGUCACCAGUCAGAUGUUCGAAGACGAGUAGUCAACAGCACCACCACCCCACAACCCCGAGUUGUGGGUGGGGUUGGAGUGCGGCCUCAGGGACUGCCUCACCAGACCCCAAUCUUCAACUCCAGGCCUCUUAUGACACCGCAGGCCACACCACUCAGACCAGUGGGUGGCGUGAUUCCUCCGAGGUCAGUUCCAGCUGUAGCAUCCACACCUGGCCCUCCAGUGCCCAGGCAUGCCUUGACCACUUCUGUGCAGAUGUCCUCCCUUCCAUCUACUCCAAUGCCCCGUGGAGCAGUCGUGAGGGAGGAGGGUGGUCCUCCUGGACCUCCCAUGCCCCGGCCAGUGCUUCCCAGAGAGAGAGGAUACCUUGAUCGUUUCAUAGAAUACUUAGUUGGAGAUGGUCCAGCGAAUCGUUUUGCAUUGGUGUGUCGUCAGUGUGAAUCACACAAUGGCAUGGCUCUUCAGGAUGAGUUUCAGUACCUGGCAUUUCGCUGUGCUUAUUGCUAUUACUGGAACCCUGCCCGUAAACAGCGACCCUCGGCACCACGCCUGGAAGAUCUAGCCCCACAGCUGCCUCCUCCACUACCCACAACUCAAGACCAAGAAGAGGAGGAAGAGGAUGAUCAAGAAUCAUCUUCGGGUGAAGAUGAAGAAGAUGAGGAAGAAGAGGAAGGAGGUGCAGAAGAAUCAGAGAGUAACAACAGUUCUGGUGAGGAGGAGGAAGGCCCAGCAUCCUCUGAGAUGUCCAGCACCAAGGCCACAUCAAGCCAGGAGGGAAAUGGGUUGGAACAUUGCAGCAGAGAGCUUAAAGAACCCCAUCCUGGACAAUUGGGAGAAGUAUCUUGGCAGACCAUUCAGCAUCACUUCAGCAGGGAGUUGAACUUCUUGCCAUGCUCACUUGCAAAAUAACCACUUCUUACAAAAGCAAUUAUGAAUAAGAGGCUUGAAUUGCUUAAAAAUAAGAAACAUGGACUGAAGAUAAAUGGAUAAUAGUACUGUGGAGCAAUGAGUCCACAUUUAGAUGCAUUACAGUAUUGGAGAAGAAUGAGGAGGCGGCCUGUGGCUGUUAGUCAUUACUUCUUUAAGAAGACUGCAACACUCAGCAUCUGUGAUGAUAUGGGGCUGCUAUACUGGGAAAUGUGUGAGGAUGGAGCUUUACACCUUUUGCCAAAGAAUAUUAAAGAUUAACAUUAAUGUUGAGGUGUUACACAACUAUACUCAUGCUUAUUGCCUUCCCAGAAUACUAAUGGUUGAGCCCAUUAGGCCUUAAAAGUGUUAGAUUUCCUUGGAAAAUACAUUGUAUAAAUGUAUGGCUUGGCAACUCACCACAUCUCAAGCUGGUUGAGAACCGUUUACCUUACAUGCAAAUAAAGUUAUAGAACUGUAAAACAUCUUCAGUCAUACACUUUUGGGAAAAUGAUAAAGCUUGGGGCAUACACUACAGCUGUGCCUGGCCUCAGCUUUCAUCUGUCACAUUACCCUUUGAACCUGUGGUGGAUGAUGUCCCUUAUCCCAAGAUACAGUGCUGUUGUGGCAUCUGUGUUUCCACAGUUUAUCCAGGUACUCAUUCAUUGGCCAGUCCAAAGGAAGGAUGAACAGCUGAGUGAGCUUUGUGCCUAUUGCCCUCACAGAGAUUUGAACAUGAACCUGCAAAUUUGUGGACUUGUUAGCCCACAAAUCUGUAUGCACCAUGGAUGUGCAUACAUUGAGGAAGCUCUGCAAAAGAUGUGGUUAGAUGAUCUUAAUAGGAAUUACCUUAAGAAAUUAUGUGCCUGACUGUCUUUGAAUGGUUAUGGCAAAACCUAAAGGAUGGUAUCUGUAUGCUUUUCCAAUUUUACUAUGAUAUUUAGACCUGUCACUGACAGAGGAGUGUGUGCACUUUAUUUUUUCAGAUACUGUACAUAUAUUUAGGUACAAGCAGGGAGGAUGGCAAAAGUAAUUUAUUUGAAAUAAAAAGUUUUGAUACAGUAUAUGUUAAAUAAGCAUCAGAUAGCAUCUAAGCUCUGUCUAACUUGGGUGUGCUGUGAUCCAUCAUAGGUUCAUUGGAGGAUCUGGCCAAGUCAAUACCAUCAUCUGAUCCAACUACAUCAGAUGACCACCAGCUACCUGGGGUAGAAGUACCCUCAGGAUCAACUGGUCUCACAUCCUCUUCCACAUCUCCACCUUCCUCCACCAAUGAGGCUGAAGAAACAGAGUAGAAUUUUCCAGUCAUUGAUCUGGACUGAGGCUGUGACUCAGUUAAUAAUUCACCAGGUGAAGUGUUCUUUUGUUGCUAUAGUCUGUUUAUCUCUCGAGCUUGUGUUCUGUUAGCUUUUUAUAUUAUCUCAGGUUGAUUUAUAUGUAAAACUAUUAAGUUGUCUCUUGGCCUUCAGGUCUCAGUACCUGGAUUAACACUGCACACAAGCCCAUAUUUUCAGCACAUCAAUAUUUACAGCACUUACUAUUUGCCUCUUUCUCAGACCAUGAAUACUGGCUGUUUGCUGGUAAAUGUACUUAAUAUGUUCUUUUCAGCAUUGUCUUUUUUGUCAUGUGUUGGCUUUUGCACAAAAAUACAUGACUUUGCAGCCACACAUAUUCCUAUAACUGAUAUCCUCAGGACACAUGAAAAUGUAACAACAUUCUCUCCCACUGCCAGUAUUUUUCUGUGCAUUAUGUGCUGUACAUGACAGCACUUGUAAAAUUCUCCAAAGAAUCUUUGAAUCCUCCUUUUCAAGACACUUAGUGAUCUUUUUUUCAAGCCAGUAUAUGUUUCUCUUUCCUCCCAGAUAAUUUUGGGUGCCAAUGAGUUUAUCAGUCAUUAGAUUUUGAGUGAUAUUCUUCUCUUUAGCUAAUUAAGAUAUGGUAAUAAAGCAGAAAUGUCCUCAAGAAAAUGCUGACAGCAUUAAUAUUGUGUGUGAUGUCUGUUCUUUUUUCUGUUGCUCACAAGCAGGUGCUAUUUGUGUGUUUGGUGACAGCUGCACCCUAACUUAGUUUCUGAGAGGUAAUGCUUAACUAUAUAAAUGUGUUUUCUGAUUUUUAUAAGGCAACUGGAAUGUUGAUAUUCAGUAUUAGUUGAGAUUCUAAUUUUUGUGAAUAUCAUGUGCAGAAUAGGACAUUUAACUUACUUUUGAAAAAGGUAAUUGUGUACCCAGAAGUAGGUUUUUGUGUCGCCUGCAGGUUUUCAUUGUGUACAAUACUAGCUAUUGUCCUAUUAUUGUUAGCUAGAGUAAACUAUUACUUUCUUA